CUGAAUAUAACAUCGUGUCACUUAUGAAAUCUAUCUUUAUAGAUAUCGACGAAUGCAGAGUUGUUAAAGCUGGAGCUGACAAGUGUGAGCAGAAUUGUAUUAAUACUGAUGGAUCGUUUAAAUGUAGCUGCUCCAGUGGAUAUAAAUUAAAUGGCGAUGGUAGAAAUUGUUCCGAUAUAGAUGAAUGCAUUCAAGGUCAAUCUCUAUGUCUCAAAAAGAAUGAAGCAUGUGUGAACACACCUGGGAACUAUAGUUGUAUAUGUGUCGCAGGAUAUGUUCGUUUCAAUGAAAGUGUCUGUGAAAUAUCGAAUGGCCCACAAUUUGUUGGCAAUAUCGCUUUUGUGAUUGUAACAAAACCUAGUGAGGAAGACAUUAAAACAAUAAACAGUCUUGCUAAUAGAAAUGCAAUGCAAGAACAGCUGACGGAAAGGUUUUCAUAUUCUCCAAACUUUGUUAGUGUUGAAGUCCUUCAUUUGUUUUAUAUCAAUAAAAAUCGUAGGAAAAGACAGGAUUCUCAAAAAGGAUUUAAAAUACAAGUAGACUACAUCGUGCACUGUCAAAAUGAAACAAACAACACAUUGGUGUUGAAAGAGUUAACAGAUUCGAUACAAACAUAUCAAAGAAACAUUACCACCGCUAAUAAGACGUCUUUUGAGAUUGGUCAACUGAAACUAAACACUAAAACGUCUGUUCUCAAAGUAAAUACUGCCACAGAAGGCGGCCUGUGUAAAGUUGAAGGAAAAACAGAUUGUGCCAAGGACAGUACUGAUUGUAAUGAUUACAAUGACGGAACAUUUAAUUGCACAUGCAAAAAAGGAUUUAGACCAAAAUCCGAAUGUAGCAUACAAAUACUGCAACGAUAUAGAUGAAUGUAAAGAAUUUAAAGCGAACAACACAAUCAAAGAUCGUUGCAUCCAUGGAGUAUGUAGAAAUUCAGUAGGCUCGUGGAAUUGUUCUUGCGAUCCCGGCAGACUAUGGCAAAAUAAAGGAAACAAUUC